AUGACUGCCGUGUCUUUUCAGGAGCCCUCCCUCUACACGGUGAAAGCUGCCUUCAUCCUGGAUAACGAUGGCAACCGACUGGUGUCAAAGUACUACGAUCCAGAGCUUUACCCCUCACUGAAGGAGCAGAUGAGCUUCGAACGCACCGUUUUCAGCAAAACGCACAAAGCAGACAAUGAGAUAGCGUUCCUGGAGGGGAUGACGAUCGUCUAUAAGAGCAGCAUAGAUCUUUUCAUCUAUGUGGUUGGAAGUGCUCAGGAGAAUGAGCUGAUGCUGAUGUCAGUCCUCAACUGCCUGUUUGACUCCCUCAGUCACAUCCUCAGGAAGAACGUGGAGCGGAGGUGUUUACUGGACAACAUGGACGGAGUCUUCCUGGUGUUCGAUGAGGUCAUUGACGGGGGGGUGAUUCUCGAGAGUGACCCCCAGCAAGUCCUACUGAAGGUCAAUUACAGGGUGCUGCAGUCGGCCAAGGAGCAGAUCAAAUGGUCCAUACUGAAAUGACGUGGGAUGAGAAAGGCCUAAUGUUUCCUGUCCCUAUUCCACAUGAAUGGAGCCAAGCCAAAGGGAAGGGUGUCACAUGACACCCAGCAGCUUGUAGCUAUGAAGCCAUUACCCAGCCAGGACCUUGUUGGGUUUAGCUUUCUUUGUGUUUUGUUUUUUACCUCCUCCUCCCUGUGAUGGCAUCUGUUAUGCUGCGUGUUGUGUUUAUUUAACUUAUUCCGUUUUGGAGCAAUGUUAUGAUCAUUUAUUAGGCCAAAUGCCACUAUUGCUCCAGGUUUAUCAUCAAAACUGUUGGACAUAUAAAUGGCAAAUAAUUAGUGUUUUCCAGCUCCCUACUUUUCAUCCUUUCCAGAGUUUUGUUGCCUGUAUGAGAUGGUGCAUCUUCAGGUAAAUGUGUGAAUAAAAGAGAAUAUAGACAUAAAAGGGUUGAACUAUAAGCUGGGUCACAGCUCAAACCUGGAGCUGAACUCAAAGCACUUUGAAACUUUCUCUGCUUUGCACCAUUUACAUCAAGAUCUUAAAUCUGUGUAGUUUUGGUUGUUACUGCCAUCUCUUUAAGCAAAAUGAAGGUUUUCAAAAAUUAUAUGAAAGAAUGUUAUGAAGCUUUAUAACACUAGUAAGAGACAGUCCAAUAAGUAGUUGAACUCUAUUAAAGGUCCACAAUGGGAUGGUCUUAUUUAGGUCAGUUAACAUGUGUAAAAGGAUAUUUUGAAUAAAAUAACUGAGGUGAUAAAGUGGAAGUUUUGCAACCAAAAUGACAGAAAAUGUCUUAACUGUUAGAGUCAAGCUUGUAACUGAUCAUUUAUCUGUCUGCUGUUUAUGAGACUGACGAUAAAGUUUAUUUUCUCUUUUA